CGCAGUGAACAGAUUUAAACCCCAAGGAAUGUUCUUGAAACAGCAGGAAACAAGGAAAAGGAGCGGGGACGGAUCCCACCCUCUUUGGCUACCGCCCGCCAGGACUCCGCAACAGUUGGGCUUUAGAAUCAGAACAAUCUGGAAAGCAAUCGGGAGCAGCAAAGCGGCCUCGAGUAACUGCAGCAACUGGCCCCGGGGGACUCCCGCCGCUAUGGGCACCGGCAGCAGCAGGGCGGGGAAGGCGCGCAGCCUCAGCCCGCCGAGGCGCUGGCGGGGGCCCGGACGGGUCAGCGCGAGUCACAGCGCCUCCUCUCGGCAGGGCCCGGCAGACGACGAGGGGGCUGCCGGCGCCAGGUCCGCGGGGCAGACCCCUGCGCGCGCCCCCUCGCUGCCGCGCGAGCAGCCCGACUCGGACUCGGAGCUCCUGGACCAAGUGCUCGAGGAGUGCGACGAAGGCAGCCCCCAGCUCCUGCCGCCGCCGCGCCACGACGCCGGAGACUUCUGCUCCCGCCCGGCAGAGGGCAGCCCCGAGGAGGCCGGGGAACAGCGGGAGGUGCUGGAGGGUUUUCAAACACAGGCAGCAGAGAUCUUCCUGGCCUACAAGAAAGAGGGGAAGCUAGAUGAUUGGCUGGGCUUAAAGAGGGUUUUUUAGCAAGAUCUACACCGGAGAGCAAUAACUUUGCCAAUCAGUUGCCGCUCAAGAAGCCAGAGAGACGGGCCAAGAUAUCCUAUGAUUACUCUGAAGAGGAGCUGAUGGCAACAAUAGAGCAAGAGUACUGUCGCUGAAGCCAGUCACAGCUAUACCAAUAUAACCAUAAACAAAUUUGCCUAGGGGCUAGGUUAUUAAACUGCAGUGUUUCUGAGAAAAAGUCUACUAGCAUGGCAGGCAGAAAGACAACUCAGAACACUGGCCAGAGAGAUAAAACUACAGGAAACUGUCUGUUAUCUGAACCCUACCUAGGGAGCCAAAUGGGAACUUACUGUGUUCCUCCUGGAAAAGAGAAAAGCAUCAGAUAUACACAGAUGUUCACGUUCAGCUAAAGCUUGAGGUGCGAAGUAGGGAAAGAGCAGUCCUCUUAUUUGUCCAAGUCUUAAUGAAAAUGCAGUGAAGGUCAUUAACUUUGGGUCGUUUGCAUGUUGUCUUACCGUUCCUAAGAACUGGGGGCUGCUGUUAAUCCUUUUGGGCACAGGCAUAAGCACAUUAAAACCUAUAUUACCAA